GCAUUUUUUUCCCGAUUCAUGCAAUUUAACGAAUUAUCCAAAUUUCAAAAUCAAAAUCCCACAUAAUUUUAGUUAUGUCAGAUAAAAGCGUUGAAAAAUCGACAGAUGAGAAGAUUUUCGAAGAAAGAUUAUCCUCUGUGGCUCUUAUCAACACAUUCACAUCGUUGCCACCUGAAUUGGAAGACAGCAUAAUUGAUUUGACGGGGCCCAUUCAGAUGGAAGCUUAUUCUAUUCGUCAGGAAGAACCCAUUGAUUGGUCUUCUUACGCCGAACAAAAUAUAAUUAGUGAGGAUGAUUGCAACUUCAUUCAUUCAUUCCAGUCUGCUAAAACAAAGAAAGAGAGAGAUACUAUCAUCCAUUCGUUUCAGGUUCUAUUCACCUUUUUAAAUAUAGUUCCGUGAUAACUCUUGCUUAAUAUACAUUUAAAAGUCUUCGUAUAAAGAUUCUUCUUUAAUUAUCGUCUUCAGUAUAUGAUCGGGUCCUCAAUGUAUACUGUUCACAAAAAAUAAAGUUAAUACACGUACUAAGUUGGGUUUUUUCUAAC